GGAAGGGGGCGGGGCGCGCGGGAAGUGCUGCCGCGUCCUCACUGACUGAAUGGGCGGCGGCAGAGCGUGUGUUCACUGCUGAGGCUGCUGCUCGCUUGAGACCCAAAGGUUGCAUGUCUCUACCCGGCUGGACGGUGAGGCCGGCGUCUGCGGAGACCCGGCAACAUAGGAGGAGGGAAAGGGCAGCCAGAGACAGUCCGAGCGCCCCUUUCGGAGGUUGAAGGGCCCUAGCCUUCGUGGGGGUCAUGGCAUCGCUGGCGGACCGAGUGCGAGGCAACGGGCGCAUCGCUGCCGGACUCCUGCUCAACCUGCUGGUGUCCAUCUGCAUCGUGUUCCUCAACAAAUGGAUCUAUGUGCACCACGGCUUCCCCAACAUGAGCCUGACCCUGGUGCACUUCGUGGUCACUUGGCUGGGCUUGUAUGCCUGCCAGAAGCUGGACAUCUUUGCCCCCAAAAGUCUGCCGCCUUCCAAGCUCCUCCUCCUGGCGCUCAGCUUCUGUGGCUUCGUGGUCUUCACCAAUUUAUCUCUGCAGAACAACACCAUAGGUACCUAUCAGCUGGCUAAGGCCAUGACCACCCCGGUGAUCAUAGUCAUCCAGAGCCUCUUCUACAAGAAAACCUUCUCUGUCAAAAUACAGCUCACGCUGAUUCCUAUAACUUUAGGUGUAAUCCUAAAUUCUUAUUACGAUGUGAAGUUUAAUUUCCUUGGAAUGGUGUUUGCUGCUCUUGGUGUUUUAGUUACAUCCCUUUAUCAAGUGUGGGUAGGAGCCAAACAGCAUGAAUUGCAAGUAAAUUCAAUGCAGCUGCUGUACUACCAGGCCCCUAUGUCAUCUGCCAUGUUGCUGGUCGCCGUGCCCUUCUUUGAGCCAGUGUUCGGAGAAGGAGGAAUAUUUGGUCCUUGGUCACUCUCUGCUUUGCUGAUGGUCCUGCUUUCUGGAGUAAUAGCUUUCAUGGUGAACUUAUCGAUUUAUUGGAUCAUUGGGAACACUUCACCAGUCACCUAUAACAUGUUUGGACACUUCAAAUUCUGCAUUACUUUAUUUGGAGGAUAUGUUUUAUUUAAGGAUCCGUUGUCAAUUAAUCAAGGCCUUGGCAUGUUGUGUACAUUAUUUGGCAUUCUCGCCUAUACCCAUUUUAAACUCAGUGAACAGGAAGGAAGUAAGAGUAAAUUGGUACAGCGUCCUUAAUUGGGUGUUUGUGGCGGAAAGGAAGUCGCUUCAAGAAGAUUUUAUAGAAGUGUGAAGUAUGCAAUUAAAAAAGUUGCUUUCAAAGAAGAAACAAAAAUUAUAUUGCCAAAUUCAUUACACGAUGGGUCCCAAGAAGUAACACAAAGGAAAUUUUAUUCUAAAUGUGACGUUCUCUUUUAGAGCACCUUUGGAAAAAACUUAAUGCUCUGAGACAUGGCUCAUGCUUCUUUUCAAAUGAUUACAUGAAUUAUAUUGGAUGGUUUGGUUAUAUCAAAUGAAGUACUUGAAAUUACAGUUCUGUAAUGGUGACAAAGGAAUUCAUAUCUUUUUAAGGACACACAGGAAUCCUCUAUGUGCUCGUAGGUAGUCCCCAGUAUGAGCUCUAUUAUCAUUUAGGCCAAAGUAUUCAAGUCAGAAUUUAAAACUAGCCUUUCUAUUUUAGUUGUUUUAGUAUAACGUCCCACUUUUUUUGUUUAUAGAAAUGAGAUAAUGAUUUCUAGAAAUCAAAGUUGAGUCAAGGAGACCAGAGGACAAAAUCCAGUUCUAAAAGUACCAUUUCCCUAGGAGAAAAUUGAUGUAAGAAGUUAGAUAUUAUCAAUAAACUGCAGCUUCUAUGGAAAUUCCCUUGGUUUUUGACUUCUCAGUGAACUCUAGAAACCAUACCUGAAGUUAAAAACCAAAAUAGCUCCAUGUUUAAAUGGCCCAAAGAAAAGACUACAGGAGGAACUGAGCAGGUUUCUUCCAACCUUGGUGACUGUUCUUCCCUCUUUGAGCAUUUCAUGUUAGUAAUUUCUUUCCUUUUCUAUUUCUUUCUUUCUUUUUCUUUUUUUUUUUUUUC